AUGGCUUUAUUGGGUAUACGCAUGUCAGAACAAAGACGAAUUUGGUCAGGAUUGUUGGGUCAGCUUUCUGGACGAGUCGUACAUGGACAUGGUAUUGAUCGAGAGUUUCGUCAACAAUUAAGUUGGUUUGUUUUCCUAAACUUGAAUAUUUCAAACGAUGUAUUCUUGCGAGGUUUAAAGUGUUCAUUUAAAGCUUGAUACGCUUUGUCAUAGUCGUCUUCUGUACCUGUACCUGUACCUGUACCUGUACCUGUACCUGUACCUGUACCUGUACCUGUACCUGUACCUGUACCUGUACCUGUACCUGUACCUGUACCUGUACCUGUCUCUGGCAAUGUUUCAAAGAUAUUUAGAGUACUUUCACCCAUAUAGUAUAAUAAUAACGCUCGACGUUUUCUUUUCUUGUCUUUGAUAUCGAGCAGUGGCGUAGCAAACUCGAUAAUUGGGGCAAUAUUCGUGUUUUGCAUGAUAAUUAAUUUCUUUUGAAAUCAAUUGUUUUUAAGGUUUGUGAACACGAAUAUAUGAAUAUUGCCCCCCCCCCCAAUUAUCGAGUUUGCUACGCCACUGAUAUCGAGUACAAUCAGUAGAUUAUACUUCACAAACUUCGGUCGAAAUGUAUGGGAAAACAAAUGGUAUGGCUUGCUAUACCUUGGCUCUUGCCCACGCUUAAACGCUCCGGAACCGGAUAUAAAAGUAAAAACACAUUCGGUCCCGUGUUCACCGUGAACCAAUAGGGAGUUUACGAUCUGCGACGCGGCCGGCUCAACGACGCGGUCUAAAUUUUAGCUCAAGAAUGAGCGCUAAGCAAUUCGAUUACUGUAAUAAAUAUUUGACUCUUUCAAAUAACCUUACAAAAUGGUACGUGCGGCUAAAGCGAUGCAAUGUUUGCUGUAAUUUCGACUUUUAGUAACACCUCUUGUGUCGCAUUAAGCUUUCGCGUUGCCUGAAAGACGUAAAAAUGCUUUUUUAACGUUGUGUUGAGAAUGACAACGCGGUUGACAAUACUCAUGGGACCACAAAUUAUUGACAGUUUUUGUCUUGCAUGACAAAUUUCUUUGUAAGUUCUUUGUAGGUUUGCAUGGCGAUAAAACACAUAAUACUAUUGUUUGUGGAAACACAAAAUUUCUUUGUUUUGAAAGCGCGUCGUCAAGCCGGCCGCGUCGUAGAUCGUAAACUCCCUAAUAAUACCGCCGAACCCUAGUGUCUCAUCGGCAUUUUCCUUCGUGCUCGCUCACGUGUAAGCGCUCAGGUAAGUUUCUCUUGUUUUUUAGCUUGAAAUUUUUGCCUUUUUCGCUCACUUUUCGUCUAAUUCACAAGCAUAUGUCCGAUUCGUCUGGUCGAAAACGUCGCCAUACUGCUUCUCCCGAAGAAUCUAGGCGAGAAGAUCGACAUAAACGGCAUCAAAGUCGAAGUCGAAAGCGGGAAAAUCGAGGGGAAAAUAACUCGAGCGUAAACGAAACAUUGACAAAAGUCCUUACAAGUAUGGACGAUAUAAAGAAAGAAUUUGUCGCUUGGACCACACGAGUUAGUGCCAUCGAGAAUCAGUUGAAUCAAAACUCAUCUGUUUUUCAAGCGAAUACGGACGAAGUUUGUUUAUCAGUUCACCCGCCGACUUCACCUUCGACUUUUGACGAAGUCGAUCAGUCACAAGACAAUAUAAACGCCAUUGAGGCACCUUUAGCUGGCUCUGAGCCACCUUUAGCAGACGUUAGGUCGGAUUACGAUCACAGUAAUGUGUCCAAAGAAAGACCUGACAACCAGGUCCCUGAACAGUCGUGCGAAUUCUUCGACCCAGAGGAUACUUCUCUUCGAAAAUGGUCUCCUUCCGAGCCUAGCUGA